UAGAGAAUCCUGCUUAUCUAUGAAAUGCAGUUAACUCAUCAGCUGGACCUAUUUCCCGAAUGCAGGAUGACCCUUCUGUUAUUUAAAGAUGUAAAAAAUGCUGGCGAUUUGAGAAAAAGGGCCAUGGAAGGUGCCAUUGAUGGUUCAUUAAUAAACCCUACAAUGAUUGUCGAUCCAUUUCAGAUACUUGUGGCAGCAAAUAAAGCAGUUCACCUCUACAAACUGGGAAAAAUGAAAACAAGAACUCUGUCUACUGAAAUUAUUUUCAACUUUUCCCCAAAUAAUAAUAUUUCAGAGGCUUUGAAAAAAUUUGGUAUCUCAGCAAAUGAUACUUCAAUUCUAAUCGUUUAUGUUGAAGAGGGAGAAAAGCAGAUAAAUCAAGAAUACCUUAUCUCUCAGGUAGAAGGUCAUCAAGUUUCUCUGAACAGUCUUCCUGAAAUAACAAAUAUUACAGACGUCAAAAAGAUAUAUAAAUUAUCUUCACAAGAAGAAAGUAUUGGGACAUUACUGGAUGGUAUCAUUUGUAGAAUGUCAACAAAAGAUGUUUUAUGAAAUGACAGAAAUGUCAACAAAAAUUUUUCAGCAUAAAAAAUUUGACUUCC